AUGCGAGCUUUGUAUCGUAUACCAAUAUUAGCUAUUUCAACCGUUUUAUUAUUGAAAUGUUUACAAAAAUUAGAAGAAAUCAAUGAUUAUGUUCGAUCACCACCACCUAUAAAAUCUACUGAACAACCUGCUUCAAGACCUGCUCGUUUUGUUAAAAUUAAUACUGAUUAUCUUUCAUCAUAUGGUAUUAAAUCAUAUAGAAUUAUUCGUGCAAUUCAUGAUGAAACAAAAACAACUUCCUAUCGACAAAAACGUUCAAAUCUUGAAGAUAAUCCACAUCGUAUUCUUACACUUGAACUCGAUCAUAAAAAUAUUACAUUGAUUUUAAAAAAUACAAAUGAAUUCUUUUCUACAGAUGCAGAUAUACAAUUUGGUUCAUCAACUUUUCUUCCUAUUAAUUCGACGAUUCUUUAUGAAGGUUAUGUUUUAGAUCAUCCUGAAACAUCAUAUGUUACUGGUGGAUUUUAUUCAAAUUGGUUUGAUGGUAUUAUAAAAUUAUCGAAUGAAACAUGGCAUAUUGAACCAACACGUAAAUAUAAUUUUUCUUUAUCGAAUGAUGGUCCAUCAAUUAUAUACAAUGCACUCGAUAUUGAUAUGACAAAAUAUAAUAGUAAUGAAGCAUUUCGAUAUAAACGUUAUGUAAUGAAUGAAAAUGAAACAUUAUCAUCUUUUUGUGGACUCAAUGAUAAUAAAAUUCGAGAAAAAAUGCAAAAAGAAUCAGAAUAUUUAAGUAGAAAUCAAGAUAAUGGUUUUGAUUACAACUCACGUUCAAAACGACAAACAAUGAAUAAUACGGAACGUACUUGUUGUUAUAUUUAUAUACGUAUAGAUCCAACACUUUGGAAUCUUGUUUAUAAUAAUGAGGGACUUAAUGAAAAAGAAGCAACUAUACAUGCUCUUGUUACAUUUUUAUAUCGAGUAGUAACAGCAGCAAAUACAGUAUAUCGUUCUGUAAAAUUUCAAUCGAAUGGUGAUUUUCUUCAUCGAUUUACAUUAAGAAUAAAACGAAUUCGGAUUUUAACAAUGGAUGAUUGUAAACAGAAGAAUAUCAGUUUAAGUGAAACAAAUAUAUGUCGUUCAUAUCUUGAUUCGAAUGUUUUAUUAACAUGGCAUUCAGCAGAAAAUUUUGCAGAAUAUUGUUUAGCAUAUUUAUUCACGGCAAGAGAUUUUGGUGAUGGAACAUUAGGUUUAGCAUGGAUGGGAAGUACUGCACUAAAUACUCGUGGUGGUAUUUGUGAAAAACCAGCGAAAGAUAUUUAUGAUGGACAACGUAUUAUAAAAACUUUAAAUACAGGAAUGAUAACAAUUAUUAAUCAUAAUACACGAAUAUCAGCAUUAAUGGUAGAAUUAACAUUUGCUCAUGAAAUUGGACAUAGUUUAGGAGCAGAGCAUGAUGAUGAUAAAUGUGGAGAAGAUGCAAUAUAUGGUCAUUAUCUAAUGUAUAGAAGAGCAACAACUGGUUUAGAAGAAAAUAAUAAUAAAUUCUCCAAUUGUAGUAUGGAACAAAUGGGACCUGUAGUAAUUUCAAUUAAAAAUCAACUUCUUGGAAAAAUUAAUUGUUUAACAGAAUGUUCACAAAUUGGAUAUUGUGGAAAUCGAAAUGUUGAAGAUGAUGAAGAAUGUGAUUGUGGAUUUAUGUCAGAAUGUACAGAUAAUUGUUGUUAUCCAGCUGGAGGACCUGAUGCAAAAUUAAGUUGUAAACUAAAACCCAGUGCAAAAUGCAGUCCAUCAAAAGGACCAUGUUGUUCGGAUCAAUGUACAUUUCAUUCUACAACACAUAUAUGUCAUAAAGAUAAAACUAGUCAAGAUUGUAUUGGAGAUGUUCGAUGCGACGGUAUUCAAGCAACAUGUCCUCUUAAUGAUACACAAUUUUUCAAACCAAUCGAUACACCAUGUAAUCAAAAUACAGCAUUAUGUGAUCGAGGGGAAUGUAAUAAAAGUAUAUGUACAUUAAUUGGAAAAACUGAAUGUACUUUGACAAUACCAAAUGUUAUAGAACCAUUACGUCAACGAGGUAUUGAUCGAGAAUAUUUAUGUCAUAUUGGUUGUUUUGAAACACGAACAAAUUCAUGUAUAGAUACACAUACUCUUCGAAUGCCAAAUAAUUAUAGUAGAAAUGGAUUUGGUUAUAUCCAUCGACCUGGACAUGCUUGUGCUGGAACAGCUGGUUAUUGUGAUGUAUUCGGUAAAUGUCGUGCUGUUGAUGCUGAAGGCCCAUUGACUCGUUUAAAAAACAUGUUACUUAAUGACGAAAAUAUUCGUACGCUUACUGAAUUGACUCAUGAUUAUUGGUGGGCUUUCGUAUUAUGUGCAUUAGGUUUACUUGGUUUUAUGAGUAUUUUUGUUAAAAUUUGUUCAGUUCAUACACCAUCAUCCAAUCCACAUAUGAUACCUGCUCGACCACUUUCAUUCAGACGUAGAUCUCAUGGUUUGCAAGCUCCUCGUUCAUCUCAUUCUCCAUUAACAUUAAUCGGAACUGAACUUGCUACUGUACCAGUCCAAAAAUCAAGGUCGAACGUAUAUGUACAUGAACCACUGACGUCAGAUAAUAAAACCAAUACGUCUAGCCUUUAA